AUGUCGGAUAGUCCAAAACGUCCUUCCAGCACCCUUCUGGAGCCGCCGCCGCACAAUGGCCCUGAGCUUGAGGAUACUGGCGCUCAGGAUUCUGCAAGUGAAGAAGACCACUUUUCCGAUGCCAGUGAAGGUCGUCAACAACCCCAAUCCGUAAAGUCUUCUAGAGCGCCAUCCCCCGUGCCCCUAACACGUGUUGAAAGAGUCGACGACGGACCUCGACAUGGAGAGAUACCAGGCACAUUGGCAUACGAGCAGAGGGCGCAGGAUGCAGUCCCCGACGUAUUGGAGGUCGUCCCGGAGGGUUCUCGAAGUCGGAGCUCGUCGAGAGCAGGUGAACCAACCUCUCCCGGCGGAAGUCCCGUCCCGCGAACGAUCGUUGUCAAAGUGGACGAGACACCGAGCCAUGGAGAAGUCCCAGGAACAGAAGCAUACAAUCAGCGACAGGCAGAUGUCGUUCCUGACCUUGUCUUGAAAGAGCCAGCAGAGGAUCAACAAUCGCCAGUUACAAUGGAAAGAGAGGAUUCGGAGCAAUCUGUUCCCGGAACUCGUCUAUUCCGCGUUGAUACGCUUCCAAAGGAUCCUGGAUCGCCGGGCAUUCGCGCCCACAGCCCGAGCCCUAGUGAUGCAUUGCCAGACUUCACUGAGACCGUGCAAGAUACGACUGCGUGCCUGGGUUCUUCUAGAGAAUUCUACUAUGGACCCUCUGGAGUACAAGGCGCCCGUGCUAACGGCUCAAUUAAAGAAGGAGGCGAUGACGAAUUCGGUGAUGAUUUUGAUGAGUUCGAAGAAGGCGCAAACGCAGCAGCAGAUGAUGACUUUGGCGACUUUGACGAGGGCUUUGGAGAACCGGCAGAGGAGGCUGUUGGGGAGGAUACAACAGAGGCCGAGUCCUUCCAACAGCCUCCAAGGCCUCUGGCUAUUUCGCCGUUGUUAGAUUUCAACUCUAUCACAUGCUUGUCCGAUAUAUUAUCAGCAACUAAUGAUUCCCUUGAUACCCUUUUCCCUGAAACACAAGCAAUUUCUUCUUUACCACCUUUGGAACCGAUACCCGAUUCUACAGCCAUUUUCAGCAGCGAUCGUUCACUCUCUUUAUGGUCACAAUUAGUCGCUCCGCCACCACUACAACCUCCAAACUGGGUCAAGUCUCGGAUCCGACGACUGUUCCUUGUUUCUUUGGGCGUCCCGGUUGACUUGGACGAGAUACUGCCAGCAUCGAAACAGAAAAAGCUUAUUUUGCCAUCAAUCAAUGCGGACGACUCUAGCGUGUCUGCUGGUGAUGCAUCCAAGGCACUCAACAGGCUAAAGCAAACCGAGGGAAACAUGCCGCAAAACGAUUCCACCACAUCGGUCAAUUCAACAGGGUCGCGGCCAAGGUCAAGCCGGCGUCGAGGACCUCUGUCUCCCCCAGAACUGGAUCUCUCCGCGGUGCGGCGGCUAUGCUCAACCACGGAUGCAGCAUUGGACGGAUACACAGACUCCGAGCUCACAGAGCAUGUCGGCUUGCUGGAAAUGGCAUCGGCAAAGGCUAGGGACGUACUCGACUAUUGGGUUAAGAGAACGGAUGGGCUUGUUGGGGAGAAAGAGGCGUUUGAAGGGGUGAUUGAGAAUCUGGUCAAUCACGCUCGACGAGCACGGAAGUGA